CAAAUGGACACGAAACAUCCUCCGGAUCCAUCAGGUCCAUCAGAUCCCAACAUAAAUCUUGGAGAAUUCGAAGAUCCGGUGGAUGGCUAUGCCGAUGAUGACCUUCUCACACCGGAUGACCUAAGCGUAAGUGUCACUGGAAUGACGCCAUCUCGAUCGUUUCUGGAAACUGAAGAAUUCGAGACAGAGCUUGGAGGUGUUGAACCGUUCGAAGAUCUUUUCAACGACAUAUCAGCUCACGAAAUUAUUCAAGUAAUUGCUGAUGGGGAUCGAGUUGGAAGGCCAAUUGUUGUCGUAUAUGCUUAUCGGCUCCCAUCAAGCAAGGAAAUAGAUCAUGCCAGACUUCUACAGUAUUUGGUACAAAUUAUUGAUAAGAUCGUUGACCAAGACUACACAAUUGUCUAUUUUCACUAUGGCCUACGAAGUCACAACAAACCACCGGUACGGUGGCUGUUCCAGGCUUACAAACAACUUGAUCGUAGAUUCAAAAAGAACCUGAAAGCGCUCUACGUAGUGCAUCCAACACGAUUCAUCCGCAUUAUCUUCUCGCUGUUCAAAGGUUUCAUAUCGAGCAAGUUUGAGAACAAGUUCCACUAUGUCAUGUGUAUAGACGAGCUGGAGAACGCACUUUCAGUGGCAAGAUUAAAUCUUCCAAGUCCAAUUCGAGAUCAUGAUAAAUCAUUUUCAACUCAAUCAAAUCGACCUGAAACACCACCAGCUCAACCUCUGCCAACACAACAGUUUGGAGUUCCUCUCGAGUUCAUCCUGUCUCACUGUGGUGGAAACAUCCCUCCAAUCGUUGACCAGCUCAUCGAGUAUCUGGAAGCUCACGCGUUGACAAUGGAAGGAGUUUUCAGGAAAAGUGCUAAUAUUGGAAGUAUAAAGAGGCUACAGGAUAGAAUUAAUAAAGGCGAAAAAAUUGAUUUCGAAAAUGAUCCAGAGUACAAGGACAACGAAUACGUGGCUUCCCUGCAUGCUUCUGUACUUUUGAAGACGUUCUUCAGGAGCCUCGGAGAGCCCCUAACGACCAAUAGGCUUUAUCCGAAACUUGCGGCUCUUUCAGAAGUAUCGAAAACCGAGAAAAGCGCCGCCGUGAAAGAAUUUGUGAAGCUUCUGCCUCGUGAAAACUACAUUCUUCUGAAAACAGUCAUCAAAUUCCUAACUCGAGUCGCCGAAAACAGCAAAGUGAAUCUGAUGACUGCAAACAAUUUGAGUGUCGUUUUCGGUCCAAAUUUGACGUGGCCAACGGAUCAAGAAGUGCCGAUUUCUCAAUUGAAUAACCUCAAUAACUUCUGCUAUAAAUUAAUUGUGGAUUAUGAUUCAGUAUUUGAUCAUUGAUCAUUAGGGUGUUCAGCUUUUGCAUUUUCCCCCGUUUUUCUGUACUUUUUUGCCUUACUGUAAUUUAUUUAUUGCAUCCAUAUUAAAUAAAAUUCAAAACACUUGUCAUUUAUACUAAAAAUUAAUUCACUGUAUCCGUACUAAAUC